UUAGUUACAAAACUCAAUUCACGCUGCGCGCAUUGGAUUCACGUUCUGUAGUUGCAGAAUUCGCUUUAAAUAUCGUGUUUACUGUUCGUACAUGGUUUUUGUUCUUGUUUUUGAGCAGUGCGUGUGUAAAUGUGUGUUGGUGUAUGCGGCAAAUGCGAAAGUGCGAGCCUAAAUAAAUGCCGCCGAUUGUUUGCUAAUUAAUUUUGGUCGACGGGAGAAAAAUCGCAGGCGGCUGAGGACAAACGAGCUUAAGUAAAUCAACAGGUGCAGCUCGAAUCGGAUUUAGUCAAUCCGCGGAUCUGAAGAGGAGGAGCAGGCGUCGGUCGUUGGAGGCGCCGGCAUAGAGAACUUUUCCGAGACGCGAGCGCCCAGCGGAGCAGUCGCCACCACGACGUCGCAAUCGCCGCCGCCGCCGCGAGCCGCGCUGCUGUCACCAGCCGAGCACUUGGACGCCAGCGCCGACGAUCGCGGGCGUGUCUACAAGCUCCGGAAGAAGAAAUACCUGAACGCGCCGCACAUAACAUAGGCAGCAGUCGUCGGAGGCGAAGGAUUCGGAUACAGAUCAAGGUUCAGACUCAGACUCGGAUUCAGUUCGAAACGGAAUAGAAAGGGUGCUAGGUAGCGGUGCUAGGAGCUAGGAUUAGGAGUCCAAAACUGAAACAAGCAUAAUUAUUACCCAAAGGGAGUGGAAAUCAGCGAGAGGCGAAGAGAGCAAUGCCCGUACAGUCCCCCAUCGAGAUAAGCAACCGUGCCAUCGAGCACAUCGACGAUGUGGAUCCGCUGGAGUACCACGGCCACUGGGAGCCGGUGGGCGUGGCCCGGGUACAGAACACAGGCACCUCGGCGAUGGUCACUUUCAGCAAGCGAAAGCAACAGCCAUACAUUAUCGGCGGUGCCCUGGACACCAAUAUGUACGUCUUCGAGCAGCUGCACUUCCACUGGUCGGACUGCGACGAGUCCGGAUGCGAGCACACGCUGGAGGGCAUGAAGUACUCGAUGGAGGCCCAUGCCGUCCACUACAACGCCAAGUACAAGGACUUCACGGAGGCGAAGAACAAGCCCGACGGCCUGGCCGUCGUCGCCUUCUUCAUCCAGGCCUGUGGGGAGAAGGACUGUCCGGAGUUCAAGAAGAUCACCGAGGGCAUCCGCAUCGUUCAGAAGAUCCACACGAGUGCAUCGCUGGAUUCCGAUUGCCUAUCGUGGAUUGGACUGCAGGAACUGAGCAAACAUUACUACACGUACAAGGGCUCGCUGACAACGGCGCCGUACUUCGAAAGUGUCACCUGGAUCAUCUACCGCACACCCAUUUAUGUGUCGCGUGGCCAGGUCCAGGUGUUUCGUAACUUGCAAUCGUGUCCCAAAGAUGAGUCCAAAAAGAUAGUCAACAAUUAUCGCGAGAUCCAGCGUCCGCACAAGGAUCCGGAGAUCUUCUUCGCCCGCAACACCAAUCCAAAGUCCAAGUUAUGAUGUGCUUGCCAUGCGGCUUGGCUCCACUCUCGAUACUCUACACUCCACACACCCAAUUCCCAAUCCUCCUCUACUUUCCCAUCCUUCCGAGCUGUUUCCUCCGCCCAAUCGCCUGUGAAAAUUGAAUCCUAUCCAAACAAAUUCUAUGUGUAAACUUAUAUCUGUCUAUGGUUGUCUGUAAGCUGCUUUUGUUAUUUGCCUCAUGUACAUAGCGUUAUAUAUACCUAACAAACACCACACACACACACACACAUCUAUAUAUAUAUAUAUAUACGAAGUAAUUACGAUACGGUUAUGUGUAUGGAAUCACUUUAGUCGGAACACGCGGUUGCCUUGCAAUGAAUAUUUCAGAGAAAUAUCGGGCACAACUACUUAAGACAUCUAAAAGAGACGUAAUCCUAACGUUUAAGUUAAUUAGUUAAACAGUGAGAAGCGGGAAGAUGAAGAUGAAGCAAAGAAAAACCAACACAUUUUGUAUGUCCCAACUGAAUUUAUUAAAUACCUAAUUAAACUUGUAUAAAAGUUGA